GCGGUGGGUGCCGUAAAAACCGUUCCCUGAGUUCUUAGUCGAAGUUGGGCGCAUUACCUACCAAGUGCAGCGAGAGGAUAUGGAAGAGUUACCAUCAUUUUAAUAUGCUGAUUAUGAAGGCCCGUGUGGGGCAGGGCCUCGUCCAGGCGCUAUGUGGAGAACAGGCGUGUUCCUCUUCACACAGAUAGUGGUGUGUCAAUUCGCAACUGAAAACCCUGCAAUAUCAACAACUGAGGAAGACCAAACGGUGACGUCAUUCUUCGCUCUCAGCACGGGCAUUGUGCCGGCGCCGGUCCUACUUCGACUAGGAAACUCGACGAUAGAUAGCACAAAGUCUUUCAAAGUCCCACAACCCUCGCAGGAACCUACCCAAGGGACUUUGACUCUUCAGCCGAGUAUAGCAAGACCAGAAAUGGUUCCGCAUGUUGUUUCCGUGAAAAACACUUACUUUGAUCACGACAGAAAGUAUGGACCAACAUUUGAGGACACCCCUGAGGGGAAUAUAACGAAAAUCACAGUGCAGCUCGGGGACGAUGCACAUUUAAAUUGUAGGAUCAGCCUUUUAUUGGAUAAAACUGUAUCAUGGGUUCGGCGAAGAGGCAGAGACGAGAUGCCCGAGUUGCUGACUGUUGGGGCAGUGACGUAUGCGGCGGACAACCGUAUCUCAGUUGCUCGAAGGUACCCUGGGAACUGGAGACUACUCAUCAGGGAGGUCAAGCCGGACGACGAAGCAGUCUACGAGUGUCAGAUAUCUACACAUCCCCCGAGAGUCAGCAGGACUUUUCUUCACGUGAACACACCGCAAGUUUGGGUGGUAGAUGAAGCUGGUGCUCCGUUACUGGAAAAAUACUAUGAAGCGGAAUCGACGCUCGCGCUGGUCUGCAGGGCGCGGCACGUGGACACGCCAGCAGUAUUGACGUGGUUGCACGAAGGUCGUGCGCUUAAUGCCGACACAACGAGAGGCGGUAUAAGUGUGAAGACCGAGCAAGUGCCGGGCGGGGCAGACAGUCUCCUGAGGCUCGCGCGAGUCAACAGCAGCGACGCUGGCAACUAUACGUGUGCUGUCAAAGGAGCCAGAUCACAUACUGUCUCCGUGCAUGUGCUCAAUGAGAGUUUGGCCGAGCUACACGCGGGGGUCAACGCAAUGCAGUCCGCAUCAGCGACUACCGUUAUAACUUUAUUAUUCGUGUUGACAGUUUUAACAGAAAAACCGUUUUUUACAACUGUGAUUACGUUCGCAGCACUAUUGCACUCUAUGACGGCCGAAGACGUAUCAGACGAUCGUUUUAUUGUACUUUUACCGACGUGAUAAUAAUAGUUUAGAUAAUGUACAUAAUAACUUUGCUUAUAAAAUAAUAAAUUAUAAAUAGUUAUUCAGAAAUAAAAUUUCA